AUGGUCGAAAGUCCUCUCUCGAGUCCACCCUCAGGCUCCAAAGAUACUACAGCAGAAAUGCCUACGGUUGCACAUGGCGAGACCAAUCAUGUUGAGGAAGCGUGGAAGGCUCCCAAGCCGAACGAAGGCGACACGGCCAUGGCGCUUUUCCAUGACUCGGAGAUCCAUGAGCCUGUUGACCCGGCUGAAGCGAGAAAGCUACUCUGGAAAAUCGACUUUAUGAUUCUGCCAUAUCUCGCUGUUUGCUAUGCAUUUUUUUAUAUUGACAAAACAACGCUGAGUUAUGCUGCCAUCUUUGGAAUUAGCGAGGAUCUCAACCUCCACGGUACACAAUAUAGCUGGCUUAGCAGUAUAUUCUACUUUGGCUUUCUAGCAUGGGCUUUUCCUACAAAUUUCCUUAUGCAACGCUUGCCUAUCGGGAAAUAUUUGGGAGCGAAUAUAUUCAUGUGGGGCGUCUUUCUGAUGAUCCAAGCGGUGUGCCAUAACUUUGCUACCCUUGCUGUGCUCCGAGCGUUGGGAGGUGCUGCAGAGGCCUGUGCAGACCCAGCAUUCAUGCUCAUCACAAGUAUGUGGUAUACACGACGCGAACAACCGGUGCGUAUUGGCCUGUGGUACACUGCCAACGGACUUGGAAUCGCACUUGGUGGGUUGCUAGGUUAUGGCAUUGGCCACAUCAGAGGUGCACUCCCAUCCUGGAAGUAUGAGUUUAUUGUAAUCGGAGCACUUUGCUCCACCUGGGGAAUAGUGAUGUUCAUUUUUCUCCCUGAUUCGCCUGUCUCUGCUCCUGGCCUCAGUCAGAAGGAACGGCGAAUUGCGGUCGAGAGAAUUCGAGAAAACCAGACCGGUAUAGAGAACAAGCAUCUUAAGCCUUAUCAAGUGCUGGAAGCAUUUUUGGAUUACAAAAUGUAUUUUUUCUUUACUUUGGGUCUGGUUUCUAAUAUUCCCAAUGGCGGAAUCUCGAACUUUGGAACAAUUAUUAUCAAAGGAUUUGGAUACUCUACCCUCGUAACCACUUUAAUGCAGAUCCCAUACGGGGCACUGAUCGCUUUAUCUAUCCUUGUCUGUGUAUAUCUCAAUGAUCGCUUUGAAAAUAGACGCUGCCUAUUUAUCCUUGUCUUUCUCAUUCCUAACAUAACCGGAGCUUUCGGCUUGCGGUUUGUGCCACAGAACCAACGAGUUGGCCGCUUGAUCUGCUACUAUCUGACAGGGCCAUACAAUGCGGCUUUUGUCCUGAUUCUGAGCAUGCAGAUUGCAAACACAGCAGGCAAGAACCUCUAUCUUCUGUCUCCCCCUCCCCCAGGAGGAUCCAAAACAUGA